AUGGAGAGCUCCUCGACUCCCCUUGCAGAUUACUUCUGGAUCGCAGGUGUAGAAUCGAUAUCGUACGAUGAUCCUCUUCCCACAAACGGCCUUAGCAACAAUAACCUCCCCGUCGAAUCGACCAUUGCCGAAGAUGGAGAGCCUGACGAUGGCACCGCCAAUGGUUACAAACCGACGACCGCACGCCACUCGCGCCAAAAUUCUGCCAAUCGACUUUCCAAGAUUUCUAUCGACGGCCGAUUUUCUAUGAGCAGCACCUUCGAUGAGCUUGAUGGAAACACUCAUAGUAAUAGGAGCAGUGCUACAAUCAAGCCUGUAAAGCCUGCUGGUCCCAACGGCAAUUCCUCUGCUACUAAUGGAGCCUCUACUCCUGAACCUCAAAAUCAGGGUCCGGCCCCUGGUCUCGGCCUCAUGGGCAUGCCUGAUUUCGACUUUGACAAGGCGCUUUUGAAAUUUGCCGCAGAACGCGAAAACUUUCUGGAAGACUUGUCGUUUACUGCCGGAGCUAAACUUCAAUCAAGACCGCCAAUGGUGAACCCUCGAGCCGAAAGAAUUCGCGCCGAGGAGGGGGUACCUAGCGGGAGGAUGAGCCCGUUGAAGAGUCUCAAAGGCAGCAUUCGACGCAAGAUCAGCUUUAGGGAGAUGAAUAGCGUGCGCAAAGGACCUACUCUUGGCAGACAAGGAGCUUCUAGCAGAGCCUCCUCUGUUCGCACCACAAGACGAUUGAGUAAUUACAACUCCGUCAUACCUCCACCAGAGCCCUUAAAUACGGAUCCGCACAUGCACCCUCUCAAAAGACGUUUCGAGCCCGUGUUAUUAGAUCGAUACCCGCCGAAAAGUGCAACAGACGAGCUUGCCAAACGUGGAAAGUUCCCGGAUUAUGUGCCCAUGUUUGCCUUUCCCAACGAUAUUCAAAUUGUAUCCUCCGAUGAUCGGCCCCGGUCGACCUGGCAUGGCUUUACAAUGACAGGACAAGAUAAUGCCAAGCUGUACGGCAUCACCAUAAUUGUCUGGACAGCUCUGACGGCAGACAGAGCAGAGGAAGUGGAAAUGAGGUGCGAGCAGUGGCGGCAAGACCACAUGUCCAACGAAGAGAGAGAACUGGCUGCAAGCCUGGGGGUUCGGUUGGCAGGCGAACGUUCACACCUGUCACAGCUUCUAUCCAAGCUCCCGACGAUACCAUCCGGGUCUCCAGCUCGAGAUAGACUCGAAGAUGAGAUUAGCACGGUGGAAGAGAAGAUUGCUUUGAUGACAGAUAUGCUACGGCCGUUGCGGCACGGCGCUGCCUCAAAGAUCGAGGGUCUCACCGCGGGCGAGAGUGGUUUAUGGAUUCCACGAGCAUAUGGUGUUCUGGGCAGAGAUGCCGCGUGUAUGGGAUUCUGGAAAGAGUGGCUCAGGGCGAUCAUUGUUCCCAUGACGGAUGGGGGUGUGCUCCGAGUCCCGCCCAGCUCACCCAAAGUCGGACGAUGGCAACCAUUGGAGCGUUAUGUGGUGAAUAUGUGUACUGAAGCAUUCAGUCCCUUGGGAUCGAAAACGCAGGUGGAGCUUGGUGUUAGAGAACUGCGACUCUACGCACGCAAAGAGGGAGCCAACGAGCUUCCUGGAUCCCGGACGAUUGACCUCUACGCCCUGUUUCGGAGUCUCUCUCUCGAAAACGUCGUUGCCCUGUUCGAGUACGCCAUGUCCGAAUCUCGAAUCAUCUUUUUAUCCUCUCACACGAGCAUGUUGCACUUGGCCUGCCAUGCUCUAGCAAAUCUCCUUUAUCCUCUCAAGUGGGCUAGCAUCUUUAUCCCUGUGCUUCCAGCUAGACUCAUCUCUGCCCUUGAAGCGCCCUGCCCUUAUAUUGUUGGCGUUGAACGCCGGUAUGAACGGAUCGACCUGCCAGAUGACGACUAUGUCCUUGUUGAUCUGGAUAAGGAUACGAUUGACGCCACGUCACAGCCUCAUCGUCUGCCCAGACAACAUCGACGAAAGUUGAUGUCUCUUCUGCAGGUUGCCGCCCCCCACACACUUCGAUUUGGUGUCACCACCGGCCCUCCGCCAUAUGCCAUUGAAUCCUUCCCUUACGACUCCUUCUCAUCAGAGAAUGGCUCAGUCUUUACAUCUACAGCGGAAGAAACGACCCUGGGCAAGUGGGUAUCGCAAAGCUCGACGAGCUUCGCAGACCGCAAUCCUCCUGAUCAAGUUCACCCGCCAGUGUUCAACGCGUUCACCGUCUCUUCUGUGGACAGCGGCAAGUCGGAUCGACCAGGAACGAGCAAAUCUUCCAAAACAAGCCCGCAAUCUUCCGUAUCGCCCGCAUCAGCACACUUCCCACCUAUGCCUACGACGCCCAUCUCCCGGAGCGACUCUGGCUUUGCCUUGACUGCUACGUUGCGAGAGAAACGAUCUGGUCAUUUUGGAGAGGAAAAGGGCCGUCGAAGUUCUUCCUUUGGACUGGAUAAGUUCCAGCCCAUGCAAAAACCAAACUUGCCGUUUCUCAAUGGUCACCAACAGAAUGCCUCCAUUUCAGGCUUCUCCGUCGUCUCCGAGUCUUCCUUUGGGGGAGGGUACGCACCAUCCACGUAUGCCCAGUCAACUCUCGCCGCAUCGACCAUCAUGCCCAACAUGCAAAUUCAACCAGUGCACAACACGGAGACCACCGUAUGGGUUGAAGGCCACUGCUUCAGUCUCAACACCAACGAAUCCUCUUCCUGCUGCACCAUUUGCGACGACAAGUCAGAGGGCGAUGGCUUCUACGAAUGUGCCUCAUGUAAAACGGUGGCUCACGGUCGAUGCUUGGGUCAAGUCUCAUUAGUCUGUCCAGAAGCUUUCCACGCCGACCGCGUGAGGGCAGCCUUUGUACGAUGUCUCGCCAGUUUGCUAUACACAUACCGCAAGCACCUCGGCCGACCAACAAAGCAGCAAAAGUCCAACGGGCAAUUAUACGCCUUUGACAUGGACAACUUCAUCAAGAGUCUGCCAUAUGACCAGCAAGAAUACGCCACCAUGAUGCGCGACACUCAAGCCUUCAACGAAUUCAUCCACAGCCGGGAAACUACCGCAGCAACUGACCCAACCAUCCGACUCUUCGACGAGAUCCUCAUGGCCAAAAAGGCACGCGGUCGCCCCGGCCUCUCCUCGGGCCUCUCGCGUCUUUCCACGAUCCGCCAAUCCCACGGCGCAUCCGCCUCUGCAUUCAGUCUGGCACCUCCAUCCCGCACUCCCUCCAAAGCACCUGCUUACCUCACCGACAACUCUGACCACAUCUGGCGCACCGCCUCCGUGCCCCUACCAAAGGGCAACUUCCCCGGCGAAUACCGCUCCGUAAUAACACGCAUCCCAUCACGCCUCGACCGCACAUUGAUGCGUGAACCACGUGCCAUUCAGGGCGUUCCAAGGAUGGAACAGCGCGGCACAAGAGCCUUUAUGCGCAAACAAGUCCCCAGUAUGCUGGGUACUACUCCUCCACCAUAG